AUGAGCGCCUCCCUAGGCCGCGCCUGGGUCCACGCCCUCCCCAGUAAAAUCACCCAGGCCGCCACUGCAGGCUUCCAGGGAAUCGAAGUCUUCUACGAAGACCUAGACUAUUUCGCGCGUGAACUAUCCCACUCAGAAGCUCCAUCCGCAGAUGCCCUCCUCAACGCCGCAGACACAAUCCACUCUUUAUGUGAAUCAGCGGGUCUACAAAUCAUCGGCCUCCAGCCGUUCUUAUUCUACGAGGGACUCAAGGACCGAGAACAACAUAAGGCAUUAAUCGAGAAGAUGAAACUAUGGUUACAGAUUGCCAAGAGACUACGAACAGAUACCAUUCAAAUUCCGGCCAAUUUCCUACCAGCAAACGAACUCGUCGAUGACAUCGACGUGAUUGUGUCUGAUCUCCGUGAAGUCGCUAAUAUGGGCCUUGCGCAAACGCCCGUCGUGAGAUUCGCGUAUGAGAAUCUGUGCUGGAGCACACAUGUCGAUACGGUGCAGAAACUAUGGGAUGUGGUGCGCCGGGUCGACAGGUCGAACUUCGGGAUGUGUUUGGAUACAUUCAAUAUCGCUGGGCGGGUUUGGGGGGAUCCGGCUGCUGUGGAUGGUAAGGCCGUCGAUGCAGAUGCGGAGCUGGAGAGGACUAUUGAGUUUAUUGUGAAAGAAGUUGAUGUGAGCAAGGUGUUUUAUAUCCAGGUUGUUGAUGCGGAGAGGAUGGGGAGUCCGCUUGUGGAGGGUCAUGAGUUUUAUGUGGAACAACAACCGGCGAGGAUGAGUUGGUCGAGGAACGCUAGGACAUUUAUGUAUGAGGAGGAUAGGGGAGCUUAUUUGCCUGUUGAGGAUGUGGCGAGGGCGUUCAUUGAAGGUUUAGGGUAUAAGGGGUUUAUCUCGAUGGAGUUGUUCUCCAGGACUAUGAGUGAGGAGGGGGAGGGAGUUCCUGCUGAGCAUGCGAGACGGGGUAUUGCGUCUUGGAAGAAGUUACAGGAGCGAUUUCAGUUACAGUAG